AGAUACAUACACUUGAGCAAAACUGUUUUAACUUUUCGACGCAGAGAAAUUAAUCUGAACCGCAGUCAAACGUUAACAUUUUAGUAAAAUACAAAGAGAUUUCUAAUAAACACGAAGGUACAAAUACACUAGGUAUGUAAUUGUAAUAAUUUAUAUUAAUGUACCUAUGUAAUAAUUUACCUUCAAGGUAAUUGUUGUAAUUGUGAAGUAAUUAUUUAGAAACUAUGUAAUUAAAAUUUUUUAGGGGUCAAUAAAUAUCGCAUUAAUCUUAUAAACAUGUCGAGCACAAAUUAUACAACGCGCACGGAGGGACAGACAAAAAUAUGUACUAUAAUAUGGACCAUACCUACGUUCGUCAAUCUGUUGGAAAAUGUGACCAAGAGGGAAUUUCGAGUUGAAAAAGCUAAAGACCCAAAAACGGAAUUUACUCACUCUAAGUUCCAAUUGAAAAUGCAAUUUUUGGGCCGUUAUAAUGACAUAAUAGAGAUUUCUUAUCUAUCACCAAAUCCGGUUUUUUUGAAGUCCAUUCUAACAAUUUGUUUAAAAAGAUUUGAAGAAAGAACAAUAGUAAUAAAGGAGUAUCACACGGUUCAGGCAAACAAAUGGCAGUACUUGGCUACAUUAUUCAAACGAGAUAUAGCAAGCUAUGAUGGCCGUGAUAUAUUCCUCCUUAGUGAUGGAAGUUUACGACUUAAAGUACAAUUUAUGGUCACCAAUGAUAUAAAAAUAGACCGUUCAACAGUACCUGAAGCACAACUCAGCAAUGACUUAGAGAAUUUACUCAAUGACGGGUUGUUCUCUGAUGUAAUAAUCAAGUCUGCAGAGGGUAUUGAGUUCAAAGUCCACAAGGCUGUGUUGGCCAGCCGUAGUGCUGUUCUAAAAGCUCAUUUUGAACACAACACCACAGAAUGCUACACUAAUGUUAUUGAAUCGCUUUUAGAAUCAACAGUAUUACAAGAAGUACUAACAUUUAUUUAUAGUGACAAAGCUCCUAGAGUUGAUGACAUUCCAGAAAAGCUUCUAGCAGCUGCCGAUUACUACCAACUUAACAGACUAAAGAGCUUAUGCGAGGAAGCAUUGCAUAAAAAAUUGACAGUAGAGAAUGCUAUAGAAACAUUACAAUUAGCUGAUUUACAUUCAGCAAAUACAUUGAAACAACUCACUCUUGAAUUUAUAAAAGAUGGACAAGCAAAGCUUAUAACAAAAACUGAAGGAUGGGCCCAAGUAAAAUCUGUUGAUUUAAUCAAAAGAAUCUAUGAAUACAUCAUGGCAGAUGAUUUCGAUGCUGAUAUAAAAUGAUGUUGCAACAACAAUAUUCAUCAAAUUGAUCUCAUGAACUCAUAAUGAUAAUCUUUAAAGUAUGCUGUGUCUCAUUACAAUAUAAAAUUAGUUUCAAAUGUUAUAAUCAAAUAUUGAAAGCCUGAAAAUAAGGACUAAGCUAGUAGCAGUAUUGGAUAGGUAAUUCACUUUGUAUGCUGUUUGAUUAGCUAAAAAUAAUUUUACGCAUUUAUAUAAAAA